AUGUCUGCAUUAGAUUUAGCAGCAAUAAAUAAAAUUGAAGAUGAAUCAUCAUCAUCAUCAAUAGAUCAACAAAAUGAUGAUAAUAAAAAAGUAUCAAUAGCAUUUCCAAUAAAAAUUUUUCGAAUACUUGCUAUAACUGAUUUAUUUGAAUUAGGAACAAUUGAUUUUCGAUUUGAUGUAAUUCUUUGGAAUUUUUCAAAUUUAUCAGCAUGUUUACAUCUUUGGCUUUAUUUAUUUAUAUCAGCAUGUAUAGGUGUUUAUUGUUGUUUUCAUUUUUGGGCAUAUAAACGUCUUUCAUUUAUUCCAAUUGUAUCAUCAUUAAAUACAACAGAAAAAUCAAAUAAAAAACCAACUAGUCUAUUAAUAUUUGAUUCGAUAUGGUUUACUUUCUACUGUCUAUAUAUUGGAUUAUUUUUAUUUUUUCCAGUACAUUAUAUUCUUGCUGAAAAUUAUCCAAUUGUUACACGAAUUAUUAUUUUGAUAGAACAAGUAUGA